CCAAUGACUUUUGUUCAUUUCUUUUCAGAACUCCGGGUAUUAAUUUUCCAUUUAAGAUGUGUGUAACUUAAAUAUAUUUAGGGCUUCUAUUUGUGGUUAGUUAUUACUUUUAAUUAUGAUACAGAUUUUUUUUGUAUUUGAGAACAUUUCUAAACAAUGGUUACUAUAUUUCUACAGUUAUCAAGAAUAAAUCAAAAUCCAAACUGGAGGGUAAAUUACUAAUACAUCGAACAAAAGACUUUGUUACAACUUCUUUCAAAAUACGACAUUUUUAUUGAGUUGAUGUACAACAUGUUGAAAUUUUACUGUAUAUUUUUAUUAACUUUCGACUAUGUGUACUGUUAUUCAAGCGGAGCACCACCAUAUCUUUGUGAUUCGGACAGUUUCAAACCUGCACAUGGAGCUACAUCAACUGUUACAAACCCAUCACCAUUUUCAAUUUCAUUGAGUCAGACCUCAUAUAAAUCUGGCGAUACAAUACAAGUGACAUUGACUGGUGGUCAGUUUAAAGGCUUUUUGAUUGUCGCAAGAAAGGCUGCUGGUGGUAGAACAAAUGUCGGAACAUUUACGACAUUGACAACACACGAAACAACAACGUGUAAUACUCCCUUUUCAGGUGUAACUCACAAGGCCAGUGAUAUCAAAGCGUCAGCUACUGCCAACUGGACUGCGCCAUUGGAGGCGGUUGGAGAUAUUAUCUUUAAGUAUACUGUUGUCAUUGACUUUACCAAUUAUUAUUUUGAUUUAAACUCAUCAGUGGUAAAAGCUCUACAGCCAUCAGAGGGUACAUUUUUUAAAGAUCCUACAUGUGGAAAAGGCAGAGGUUGCUAUAGCAACUGUAUCAACAAUGAAUGUGACUGGGAGACAUCUUGGCAAGACAAGGGAGAUUACCUAAUUAUUUCUUUGAGAUCUGUAUCUAGAGUUGAUAACGUCUAUGUCUCUUUGGGAUUUAGUAAUCAAUCAUCCAUGGGCACAGCCAUUGUUUAUUCGUGUGUUCUGCAGAACGGAUCUAUUGGACUAGUUCCUGGACAAACAAAUGGACACAAAUAUAAUCAAAAUAAUUUGACUAAAAAUGACAUAAGCAAUGAGGUCAACAGCUACACAGAUGGACUUCUGCAGUGUACUUUCUCUGUACAGAAAGUGACCAAUGACUCAAACAAAUACAAUCUUACCGAGCCAUGGUACUUGGUUACUGCAAGAGGAGCAUACAAUGAAAGUGGGUUGAUCAGACAUAGUCGUAUUGACAGAAAUGUCACGAAAGAUAAGGUCAAUCUGACAGACAGCACAACGGACGUCCAUUUCUCUACAGUUGUACCAACAACAGCGGCGCCCACAGCUACAGUGCAGAUAGGUAAAUUUGGUAAAGACAGUGACUGCGGAUCCAAGAAAGGUUGUUAUAGCAAUUGCAUAAAUGAUCAGUGCGAUCUGCUGUUAGCAUGGACACCUAAGGGAAAUAACUUUGAGAUGACUUUGAAGACUUCUGCUGGGAAUGCCAAUGAUUAUUACAUUGCCCUUGGAUUAUCGUCGUCAGGAAAAAUGGGCCCUGCCAGUGUGAUGGCCUGUACUGUCAAUCAAGGCAACACCGUGGACGUCCAAGCAUCCCACAAUACAGACGGCUACAGCAAUACACCACUGGACAACUCCAAAGAAGGUUUAUCUCUCAUCUCGGGCUCCUAUAAAGAUGGUAUACUCCAGUGUACAUUCAACAGAGUGACGUCAAGCACCAACAAUUUCAAUAUUUUUGAUCUCACGAAACAAUGGUAUUUGAUCACAGCCCGUGGACCUUCUAGUCAAGGUGGAAGACUGUUACAACAUGAAGGAAACGAACGUUUUACCUCGCAAGCUCAAAUAGACUUUCAAGAUGUGACUGUGGACAUCUCACUGGAGGCUUCCAAAUAUCCAAUGAUCAAAGCCCACGGUUGCCUGAUGGUAAUUGCUUGGAUGUUCCUUGCCAGUAUUGGUCUGGGCUUUGCCAGAUUUUUGAAACCUUUGUGGCCAAACAGCAUGCCUUGUGGAGUUAAAGUUUGGUUCGCUAUGCACAGAGCAUUCAUGGUCCUAGCCUUUGUGUGUGGAUGUAUUGGGUUCAUUCUUAUUUUUGCUGAAAUUAAGGAUUACAGCGAGAUCCAAGGAGAGUUCUACACAAAGGCUCAUCCAAUUUUAGGAAUUAUAACAACAGCGUUGCUUGUCAUUAAUCCCUUCAUGUCUCUGUUAAGAUGCACUCCAGACAAUCCUAACAGAGUUUAUUUUAACUGGGCACACAGGGCAGUGGGCACUAUUGCUCUCAUACUCUCCACUCUGGCCAUAACUGUUGGCCUCUACCUGCCUAAAGCCCAGGUGGACACAGACGCAGGUCUAAUCAUCAUGAUAGUCUACUCAGCCUGGCAGUUAUUUUUCUUUUUAAUCAUGUCAGUUCUUAAUGACUUGACGGUGACUGUUCUUGGAAAGAAAGCAAGCAAGCCAAAGAAAAAAGGUAACGCCUAUGUCAUGAAUGCUGUCGACGACUAUGAUAAAAUCAAAGAGACGGAAACUGUGGACACUAAGCCAGCACCUCCGAAUGAUCUCCUUAAGAAGUUCUUCAUGUCACUUCAUGGUUGUGUUCUGUCUGCUCUGACCAUUGCCUUAGUGUAUUACAUCAUUGUUGGCAACGUCUAGAUGUCUCUCGCUGACCAGCUGGACUGGACAUAUGAAGAUAGAUUAAAAUAGAGUAAUAGGAACAUGACUUAGUUCAAUGCAGUUUAGUAAUCAUAAGGUUUAAGUUCCAAAUAUUGUAUUUAUGUAUAAUUCUGUGUGGAGUUAGAAGAGUUGUAGGGUAUAUGAUUGUGUUCACAAUAAUGUAGCUGUGUUAGAGUUACUAAUCCUAAUCAUCUUGAAUUAAAGGAGAAAUCAAUAAAUGUAAAGUAAUUAUGAUAGAGAAAGAAUGGAGUUUGGAAAUUUAAGAGAAAUGUAACAGUUACUUGACAGAUGAGCUAAAGUUAGUGUCGUCUUUGUACAACAUUUACGUGAUGCGAACAUAUAUAUGUACUGUCUUAUUUAUUAUUUAUGAAUAAUGUUAUAUGAUAAUAUUCUGAAAAUAAAUUAUCUUUUUUUUAAA